AGGGGCAUAUCAAUGUUUAUUUUUAUCAGUGCCCAUCAAAGUGGUUUCAACGAAUCGACGGAUUGCAGCUCAACCGAAAAUGGAUGCAAAUAACAAACCAUCCGACACUUCAUUCGGAACAACGGCAUCCGGAACAGCCUCAAAUCAUGUGUCCGGCGCAGCUUCGGCCCCAGCAUCUGAUUCGUCUCGCAGCUCAACCCCGGUUGUGCGUCCAGACUGGAUAACAGAGACCGAGUCUAAAACAUCAUCCGAAUCGGCGUUUUGCUCGUCAUCUGAAACAGCAUCCACUUUUGCAACAGAACUCGUAUUUGCUUCAACUUCCGGAUCAGUCGCUAGUUCGUCGUUUAUUGCAACUUCCAGUUCCACGUCCGACCCGAAAGUAACCGCACCAAUAGCCAGCGCAAGUUCCGCCGGGGGUUCCGGAACAUCUGGUGCUGGUGUCAAACGGAAACAUAAUAGGAAAACGCUGGUAACGAAGCUGCAGAUAAUCGAAGAAGCGGAAAAAGGAGAACAAUCGUUCGAAGUGAUUGCGAAGAAAUUCGGUGUGGCAACUUCAUCAGUUUCCAGGUACGUAAAGAACAAAACCUCUAUAAAGGGAACUGUAGAAAGGAAUCGAGAGCAUGGAGUGGAAGACCGCAAAACAUUAAAAGAACAAUGUUUUCCUUUGCUGGAGGAAGCUUUGUAUGUCUGGGUUCUUCAAGAACGUGAACGGGAUACGCUUGUGCCUCCAGACAUAUUGAAAGCGAAAGCAGAGUUGUUCUUUCAGGACUUCCAAAAAUAUGGAACUUACACUAAUCGUAAAUUUUUGGCUUCCGAUGGAUGGCUUCGUCGCUUCAGAAAGCGAUAUGGCUUGCGAGUGGUGAAGGCUGCAGGCGAAAAGGCGUCUGCUGAUGUAGCUGCAUAUCAUUCAUUUAAGUCAGUUCUUCUGAACAAAAUCUUGGAAAUGGGCCUCUCUAAAUCUCAGGUAUAUAAUGCAGAUGAAUCUGCCAUAUUUGUUAAGAUGAUAACAUCCCGCACGGUAGCGUUGUGGGAUGAAUGCCGCGCCUUUGGUAGAAAAUUAAAUAAAACCAGAUUUACUUUUAUGCCUUGUUGUAACAUUGAUGGCACAAUGAAAUUGAAGCUGAUGUUUAUUGGCACAGCAGCUAACCCAAGAGAGUUCUCCCAAUAUUCCAUGAAGUCGCUGCCAGUGUCUUACUACCACUCAAAGAAAGCCUGGCAGACACGCAAACUAUUUCGAUCUUUCUUUCACGAAGAAUUCGUCCCAGAAGUUCGUAAAUUUUCCGCGGAACAUAACCUUGAACCUAAGGCGUUAUUGGUAUUGGACAAUUGUUCAGCUCACUUCGAUGGGUGCGACGAUUUACGAAGCGAUGACGGACUAAUACAGGUGAUCUAUUUGCCACCCAAUGUUACCUCGGAAUGCCAACCCAUGGACCAGUCCAUAAUAAAUGCAAUUAAAGUAAGGUACAAGAGAAAACUUAUGAUGUACUUGAUUCUGGAAAAUGAGGAUUUGCCAUUUGAGCAUAGAUUGAAAAAGGUAUCAUUGCGGAAAAGCAUCGACUGGCUGGCAGAAGCAUGGAAAGCACAAUGGCAAGACGAUUCUCUCGACCUGUACGAUGAAAAUUACUUGGAGGACAUCAAAAGUCUGAUAACAUCAAUUGAUAAAUUGGCGGAAACGGAAACUGAUGACGAUCAACUCCAGCGCUGGCUGACGGAUAAGGUACGCGAUUCUGAUGGAAAUCCAGCGUGGUAUACUACUGAGUUUUUGGAAGAUACUGAAAUUGUGGAGUCUACAAUAAGCAAGUUCAAUAACACCCUGUAUGAAGACGAGGAAUGGCUUGAUGAUCCUGAAGAUGAGACCAUGGAUGGGGACGUUAAAAAUUCACCUACAAAAGAAUCUCAGCAAUUUAAGUUUCAAAAAGCUAUCGAUUCAAUUGAUUAUUUGGUUGAUUACAUGAAAAAUGAUUCGAACGAAGUAUGGCAACUGAAGGCAAUGCGCACAAGACUCAUUGAAAACGAAUGGAAGAAACGAAAUCUGUGA